AUGUCUACACGACUCAGUCAGAAAACGAAGGUUCUCUCGGGUGGUUCUUCCCUGUACGAAUACCCCUUCUCUCCGCUUUAUUCCCCCUUCCGACGCUGCGACAUGACCAUUAACGACCUUGACAAGACGAUCCCCAACGAACUUCCCCAUUCGGACUAUGGCGCGAUCGCCACCCCGACAACACCCAAGUCCAAACAAGCUAUCAUCUACUUGUGCUACGAUAUUACCCCUUGGGUCCAACUGACCCGUAUCCAGAAAUACGGCGGCGCAUUGCUUUUAUUUUGGCCUUUUGCUUGGUCACUCACAAUCGCUGCGACUGCUUUGAAACUGCCAUUGCCGACGUAUCUCGUCUAUCUCGGCUACAGCUUUGUUUUUGCCAAUCUGCUCCGAAGCGCGGGAUGCAUUUGGAAUGAUAUUCUAGACAGAGACUUGGAUCGGCAAGUCGGUCUUUACCCGCUGAUGAAGCGGAUUACAUACUGGCCACAGGCCUGGCUCGGUUUGGCGAUGAACGCCGGAGUUCCGUUAACCUGGGCAUCCCUCACCGGCCAGUGUUCCUCUCCCGAUCUCGUUUUCUUCGCCGGUACAUGGGCUUGGUGCAUAUGGUACGACACGAUCUACGCGUGUCAGGACAAGAAAGACGAUGUCAGCGCUGGCAUCAAAUCUACCGCGGUACUGUUUGACCAGUAUACGAAAGCCAUCCUUGUCUUCUUCGGUAUCCUAACAUUCGGGUGCUUCUCCGCGGCGGGAUACCUCAACGGAGCGAGCUACCCUUAUUACUUCGUCACAAUUCUCGGAGGGAUCACACACUUCGUAUGGCAGUUGAGGGGUGUCAAUCUCGACAAUCCCAAGAGCUGUUGGAAGAUGUUCGCCUCGAACGCGUACUCAUUUGGGUACAUCAUGUGGGGUGGAAUUCUAAUCGAGUAUCUGAUGUCUGUGUUUCUUUAA